CCGCAUUUGGCAUCAUGGCCGCUCAGCGCUUCAAAUAGCACAAUGCUGGAGAAAAAGUACUUUUCCACCGUGUAAUAGCGCCCCGCUGACCGCGUGAGUGUGUACAAAGUGUGACCCGCGUGCUGGUGAAUAGAUUGCAAGUGGAUUUUCGGGGUGGGCGUUGUGGUGUGACGGUGGAAAAGUGGUGAGAAGUUGGCGUGUGACAUUUUCCCUGGUGUGGCCUUCUCGCGCGCGCGUCGUUUUUCCCCCGGACGGGUGAGUCUCCCGGACACGGUUUUGGCUGUUUGUGCGCGUCCGGGACUGUAAAAUGACGCCAAGCUCUGUUGACAAUGUCGAAUUCGGUAUUUACGGACUUCACGGCACAAAAUAGGAUUGACAACAGCUUGGUAAUUGUUAUGAAUAAGGAUGGAAGCGUUGUGUCCGUAGAUCCAACAGCUCUUCGCAGUUAUUUGAAAAAUGAGUCUGGAAACACAUCCGUGAGCGUCGUUCGAGUGACAUCGCCAACGCCGAGUCUGAAGGAGGAGCUGGAGCGGGAGGAGCAGCAGCUGGACAAGGCCGGGGAUGAUAUGGACAUUGAGGCCACACGGAAUGAUGCAGACGAGGAAGCACCACAUGUUAGGGUUACAGUUGAAGACUUUUAUCCGCCGGAUGAAGCCAAGAAGCUCGCUUCUGAAAUCCUCCAGUAUGCUGGCAUGAGUUCCCAUUUACUGCUGGACAUUGACAAUGAAGAACGCGUUAAGAGCAUCCACAAUGAUCACUGCUACACGCCGCUGACUUCGCCGAGUCAGAGACACCCGGCCAGUCGCUCGCAGACGCCCACAGUCGCCCAGCCGGCCAAGGAGGUGAAGAGGAGCGUGGAGAGUGCGCCAGCGGAGCCUCGCAAGCCGGCAGCAGCCAAGGAGGAGUCCGAGGGCGAGAAGUCCGAUGCCACAGAGUCAACGGAGAGUGACAGUGAAUUCAGUGUGAGUGAGAGUGAGAACGAUCGGGACAGUGAUCUGGACUAUACGGUGAAUGAUCGUGUGUCGCGUCGGGCGCCGAAGAAGAUCCGCGGUCAGGGGAAUAAUAAGGCGAAUCAGAGCGCGCGGAGUCGCGGCGUCGCGCGGAAGCGGCAGAGCAUUGAGGAGAGUGGCGGUGAGGAGGAGGAGGGCAAGGACGAUAGUGGGAAGAAGAAGGCCAAGCCGAGGCCUGUCAAGGCGUCGCCGGUGAAGGUGAAGAAGAGGGAAGAGGAGCCGCCGAAGGCAGUUGUUGUUGAGCCGGUGAAGUCGCCAGUUGUGCAGUUGCUGGUGAAGAAGGAGAAGAAGCCGCCGGCGCAUGUGGAGGCUCUCUUCACGGACAUGACGUCGCUCUUCUCUGCGCCUGACAUUAUCAAGAAGGUAUCGGCGGAGGUGACGAAGCAGGAGCCGCCGCCGCUCGUGUACGCCAAGACGUACGCGCAGAAGAAGGACACUGCCCUGGAGACGGACAGGGAUCAGCUGGAGUUGAUUGAUUCGAUUGUGAAGCAGGAGCUGGAGAAGACGCAGAUUGACGGCGGGAGUCAACAGAUGGCGGAGGAUAUUCCGAGUAUUGUGAAGAUGCUGGAGAAUCCGGAGACGACAAUUGAUCCGCAGCUGCUGAAUGAUGUGAUUGGGCUGAAUAGUGCCCAAGUGGCCACCAGCAGUGCUGCGGCGCAGUCCACGACGGCGACCACGACGGAUCUGGACCUGCUGGCCGGCCUCACGUCUGAGGAUGGGCUUCCGGAGGAUUUGCUGCAGCACGUGGCGGAGUUGGUGGAGAACAAGAAUCUGCAGGAGGUGAUAGACAAGCAGGUGUUGUGCGUGCAGACCUCCUUGGCCACCACCUCCAUGUCCGCCGUGUCCACGCCGACGCUCACGAGCACACCAAAGACCGAGGAGCGCGAGAGUCCGUUCGUGAAGCUGGCCAAGCAGAAGCAGAUGGCCAAGGAGGCGGCCGCCAGCAUCAUGUCGGUGAAUCGCAAGGAGCCCAUCACGAUUGUGCGGAGCGACGGGCGAGUGAUCACGCUGCCGCCCAUUGAGGCGCCCACGACGAGGGGCGCCAAGAGGCGCGCCCAGAGCUCAGCGUCCACGCCCAACACAUCCGUGGCGUCCUCGCCGACGUCCACGCCGCAGCACAAGCCGAGGGAGGCGGAAGUGCUGCCGGCGGUGAAGAAGAUCGUGUCGAAGGAGGCUUCGUCCAAGUCCAACAGUCGCAGGACUUCAGCGACGCCUUCGGUGGCGGAAUCCGAGGACAACAUGGACUCUGACGCCAGCUGGAACUCUGAGGAUGACCCGGAUAGAUUGUGGUGCAUUUGCAAGCAGCCGCACAACAAUCGCUUCAUGAUCUGCUGCGACUCGUGCGAGGAUUGGUUCCACGGCAAGUGCGUGAACAUCACGAAGGCGAUGGGGCAGCAGAUGGAGGAGCAGGGAAUUGAGUGGCGGUGUCCGAAUUGCCUGAAGAAGAGCGGCCCAGCCAAGAAGGGCGCGCCGGCGGACGAUGCCUCAGCCGCACAGUCGCCCUCGUCGUCCGGCGGUGGAUUGUUGAGUUGCAUUGUGUGCAAGAAGGCGGCACGACUCAAUUCCAUCUACUGCAGUGAUGAUUGCAUUCGCAAGCACGCCAUGGUCACCACGAAGAUCACAACAACCAAGGAGACGACGCCGGCCAAGGCGCCGCCCGGGGCGCCGACGACGAAGAAGGUUGGCGUGCUGAAGAACAAAUUCGAUCGGGUGAUUGUGUACAACAAAUUGACUGGCAAGUGUCUGAGCGGUGAAUCGGCGCCGACGCUCACGAACCUCAAGCACUGGCUGUCGGAGAAUCCCAACUAUGAAGUCGUGCAGCCGGGCAGUGCUCUUGGGCAGGCAUUUAAGGCAAAACAGGCGCAAUUGGCCAGCAUUUCCAAGCAAAUGGCUCUCAAGAGGCAACAACAGCAAGUGGAGAAGGAGAUUCCGGCGAAGGAUAAAGUGCAGGGACAGUUGAAAGUGACACAAAAAGGUCAAGUUGUCGUGAUGCAUCCGAGUGGAAAGGUGACAGCGAAGCCGGUGAAGCAACCACAGCCCUCAACAUCAGCCUCAUCAUCAUCGGCGUCUUCAUCUGGACAGAAAGCGACGAUGCUGAAGCAACAGACUUUACCCGUGGUGAAGACGAAGAGAUCUCCGAGUUCUGGUGAGCAGAAGGUGACGCGAGGAGAGCCGGAGCCAAUCAGGGUGAAUGUGAGGCGAACACUGAAGGAACAAUUGACCAGCAGAAUAGCUGAUACGCCUGAUGUUCAGGGUAAAUUGACAGCUGAAGAAGUGGCGAAAUUUGCCACAGAAGUUGAGUAUGAAAUGUUCACGCUAUUCAGUAAGGACACAGGAACGAAGUAUCGAGCGAAAUAUCGUUCGCUGAUGUUCAAUAUAAAAGACAGGAAGAAUAUGUCGCUGUUGGAGAAGAUUUGUGAGAAGAUGAUUCUGCCCAGUCAACUUGUCCGGAUGGCGCCGGAGGAGUUGGCGAGUCAGGAGUUGGCACAGUGGCGUGAGAAUGAGAACAAACAUCAGUUGGAGAUGAUUAAGAAGUCAGAGUUGGAUUUGCUGGCGUGCGCGAAGAAUUACGUGCUGAAGACGCACAAGGGUGAGGAGGUGAUUGAGAGUAGAAUCAGCGAGCGUGUGACGCUGGAUCCUUCCAUUGCUGUGGAGGAUGUUGUGUCAGUGCUGAACAAUUCCACUGUGACGAGCAGCAGUGAGCAGGCGGGCGGAGCCAAAGACAAGGCGUCGGGCAGGGGUGAGAAGGGAAAGGAUGUGGUGAGCAGCAGCAAGAGUGGUCACUCCAGCAAGAGCAAGAAGCGCAGCAGGAGCAGAGAUCGUCAUGAUUCGCGCAGUAACAAAUCGUCGAAGCAUAAGCGGAAACGCAGUCGAGAUCGACGCAGUCGGAGCAGAGAGAAGGAGGAUCGUCACAGGGAUGGCAAGAAGGGGAGCAGAGAUAGCAGGGAUCGCGACAGGAAGGGUGUGUCGUCCAGCACGAAGAAGGAAGUGAAGCCGACGAUGGUGAAGGAGGUGAAGACGACAGGAAGUGAGCGAAAGGAGGAGAGUUUCAAUUUCAAUCUCAUCGAUAAGAUUCUCAAGGCAUCGGAGAUUAUUGAGAAGCAGCCGACAUUCACGGAGGAGAAGAUCAAUGAGGAACAGCAGCAGCAGCAGCAGCUGGUGAAGGAUGUGCCGAAGGAGAGUAAGAUUCCUGAGCCACCGAAGAAGUCAAUGAGUGUGGAGAGUGAUCAGGAGCCAUCUAGUACCAUCACAAUUCCCACGCCACCAGAGACGGCAUUUGAGGAGGAGGCGUCGGAAUACGAAACGCCGCCCAGCGUCUGGACGGGCAGCAUUAAUAUGGUGGAUGUGGCGACAUUCCAGAUCUCGGCGUUCAGCGUGAGUGGCGAAUGUGAGCCGGUGGGCAAGGAAUUGCCGGCAGCGCUGGACAUUGUGGGCAGAAUCAGUCCUGAGACGGUGUGGGAGUACAUCAGUAAGAUCAAGAAGAGUGGCAACAAGGAGAUACUCAUCAUGCAGUUCAAGGCUGAGACGGAGUCUGAGCAGGCAAAGUACUUUGCUCUCUACUCCUAUCUCGACUCCCGGAAGCGUCUGGGCGUGGUGAAGACAGCUUCCACGUCAAUCAAGGACUUCUACAUCUCACCAUUGGCCGCUCACAAGUCCCUGCCGACUGUGCUGUUGCCAAUUAAGGGCAUUGGCUUUGAGGAUAAUCGUCCUGACCUUCUUCUGGGCAUCAUUGUGAUGAUCAAGACGGGCGUGAAGAGAAUCGCCACAACUCAAGUGUCCUCAAAGCACACGAAGAGGAUCGGCGGAUUGUCGAAAGUGACAACGGCGUCCAGCGAUGGCAACACACCGCCCACAAGUCCCAAUCAGUCGACUGUUAUCAAGAACAAGAGUCUGCAUGAGUCACGGAAGAAAUUGAUGAUGAUUAUGCCGAAGCAGAGUGUUAAGGACAAGGCUUCAGUGAAAGCGGCAAAAAGCACAGUUGUCCCUCAAGAAUCAAAUCCUGACGAUGAUGAGCCUUACUCUCCUGGCGGGAGUGACGAGGAGAUUCCCGUGAUUCCGCCUGUCGCGUCAGCGGUCAUGAAUACUCUCGAUGCCGAUGAUAUUCAGCGGAAGAUGGAAGAGUUGAAUCGCCAGAUUGGGGCGAAGAAGAUGGAAAUUGCGGGGAUUCUGAAUAAGGGACAGGAUGCUGUGGAUGAACCCUAUUCACCAUCGAGACCCGUCACUCCGCCGGGCAUUUCCGCCAUUCCCGCUGCCAUUCCUUCGCUCGCCAACAUCUCCAUUCCAUCCAAUCUGUCGGAGAUACUAGCGAGCAUAAAGAAUGUCUCGGGCAGUGGAGGAGCGCCUCUGGUGACUGCGACGUCCGUCGCUGGCGCUCCUGCUGCGCUGGAGGCUGAGGAUGAUGAGGAGUAUACGCCGAUGGCGACGUCAAGUGCAGCGGCGGCGUCUUAUCAGGCGGUGGAUUACAAGCCAGCCGGAUGCAAGUCUGUGGACAAUUCGGGGCCCAGCAAACUGGCUCAGUUGAGUGAAGAGGAAUUGCUGAGCAUGGUUCCCGACGAUGCCAUUCUGGAGGACAUCAAGGCGUCCAAGGCGGAAGAGGUGGAAGAGCCUAAGGAGGAGUAUGAACCAGCAAGCAAAAAGGCCAAAUCAUCUGAACCUCCGCCGCCUGGACUUGAGGAUGAAUAUGAGCCAAUGUGAGAAGGUAAAGAGAAGCGAUUUCUUUUUUCUACAUUAACACAGAGAGAGCGAGAGCGAGAGAGAGUUUUAAGUGUAUAAGAACUGCAAUUUGCCCUUAUUUCUUCAUUGUAGUUCCUAGCUAAAAAAAGAAAAUAUGCUAUUAUAUACUUUGAAUUUAAUUAGAGCAAGAGAUUUUAGUCUUAUCAUAUUGGUAAAAUGCGAUAGAGGAAGUUUUAGUGAGAAUUAUAUUACUAUGAUUGGAAGUGCGUCGAAAAGGUGAAACAAAAUGAUUAAUUCUACAUUAUAAACUAAUAAUAAAAUGAACAAUGUACUGA